AUGCAUGGAUUGCUACAGAGAGAUAGUUGCUUAGAAGACUGUUUACACGAAGCAUCCCUUUAUCAAAUGCCUUCCAGUUUGAGGCGAUUGUUUGCAACAAUAUUAGUCUACUGUAAUCCGAACAAUCCCAGAGAACUUUGGGAACAUUUUGAGGAACAAAUGUCACUCGAUAUCAAAAAAACAGAAAAUGAUACACAAAACGUAAGAUAUCAAGUAUUGCGGUCGAUAUCUUCGACAAUUGAGUCUAUGGGAAAAGACAUUAAUUCAUACCAACUGCUUGACGAAGACAUCAUCUUUGAUAAUGACGAAUUUCAAUCCAGAGAAAUUAACGAUGAAUUGAAUGUAGAAAUUCCAGAGGAAGAUGUUACAGCGUCAGAAAGACUUAAUACUGAGCAACAACAAGUGUACAAUGCAGUAAUGGAUAUCGUACGAUCUAAUGGUGCCGUGGCACUUGCAACUGCUUCAUUAGGUGUGGCAGCAUCUAUUCUUCCGGGAGGUCGUACAGCUCACUCACGUUUCAAGCUUCCCCUCGAUGCCGAUGGAAAAAGCACAUGCUGUGUAAGCAAACAGAGUGCACUGGCCAAACUACUUUGUGCAGCAAAAUUAAUUAUAUGGGAUGAGGCCCCAAUGACCCGAAAACAGCACAUAGAAGCGUUAGAUAAAAUGCUACAAGACAUUAACGAUACAACCUUACCAUUUGGUGGAAAGGUAAUUGUUUUUGGAGGAGAUUUUCGCCAGGUGUUACCUGUGGUACAAAAAGGAACGAGACAGGAGCAGAUAAAUUCUAGCUUGGUAUAUUCAUACCUGUGGCCUACUUUGACUAAAUUUUGA